CAGGAUGGAAAGGUGGAGAGAUUUCAUUGCCGGGCGAGUCCUUAAUCCCCUGAAAGGCAAGUAUGCAUCUGUGCAGGGGUUAGGGCCCUACUUUGCAGAAGGGAGCGGAAUCUAGUGGUUAGAUCAGCCCCUGGGUUCUGGAGCAGGGGAGGGGGGGAAGGAAGGGGUUGCUUUUGAGAAAUGGGGACGUGAGCUUCCUCAUGUUGAAAGGUUGGCUCCUACUUCGAGUCAUUUCCUAAUUGUGUAAUUGACUUGCUCACAGCCUUUGCGUAUGAAAUCAUUGCCCUCCCCAGGAAUAGGUGCAGGGGACUAAGCCUACAUGGAUUUGCCUGAGGCCUGCCCCUUUCCCUGCUGCGUCCCUGCCUGCCUGCCUGCCUGCCUGCUCCUUUUUAUCUUCUCUUUUCUCCUUCCUGGUAAUCUACCCUCCCCUUCUCUGUAAUUCCACCCGCCCCAGAAGCAGACGGGGCGGUGACCUUAAUGCACAGAUAUAUAUAUCCACCUAAACGGAGCCAAGAUGCUUUUCCACCAUCAUCUGUGUCACCUUGCCCAGGAGGCGGACGGAGAGAGGCGCACACUUGACAGCAUACUAUGGCUUCUGUUUGGGUACCAGCGACCUUCACUGCGGUGGUCCUUUUGCUUUCUGGGGGAUGCUACGCCAGUUCUUCAGGUUCCUGGUGCUACGACAGCCUACUUUGUGGACCUGACACAUGGUCAUCCCAAGGUCAUUGCAAUGGCAAGAGGCAAUCUCCCAUCGAUAUUGUCACCACCAGUGUCAGGCAUAACUCCAAAUUGGGUGCAGUGACUCUCACCGGCUACAACGACACCAAAAAACUGCUGGAAAUGAAGAACACGGGGAAAACAGUUGACAUAGAACUGGGCGAAGGUCUCCAACUGAGCGGCCCUGGGCUUCCGGCUACAUACACAGCCAAGGCCUUUCACCUCCACUGGGGAGAUGGAGUCCACAAACCUGGAUCGGAGCACCACAUAAACGGCGAACGGUACUCUAUGGAGUUACACAUCGUGCACACCAAAAACAACACAAGUGUAUCAGAAGCCUUGAAGGACCCACAGGGCAUUGCUGUGCUAGCAUUCUUUGUCCAGGGCUAUGAGAAGGCACAGGGCAAGACAGCUGAAGCAUGGGAAUUGUUUAAAAAGAAGCUGAAAGACGUUGAGGAAAAGGGUGAAGAGACAAAAUUCGAUGGCAGCUUCUCUCUCCAGGACUUGCUGGGCCGCCCGGAGCUUGACCGCUAUUACCGCUAUCCUGGGUCCCUCACCACCCCCGGGUGUGACGAGGUUGUGCUGUGGACCAUCUUUGCCGACCCCAUUCUGGUGUCGGAAGACGUGGUGCAUGCUUUUCCGAAUGAGCUUCAUUCAACAGAUUCCUCCACCGGGCCCUAUAUUGAGAACAACUACCGCCCCCUGCAGAACAUUGGGGACCGGAAAGUGGAAUCGUCUGCUGCUUUGAAGCACAAAUCCGCUGCCUCGAUAGCCUCUCCACCAGUAGUGCUCCUCCUCUUCAUUUCUGCGGCUACUCUUGCAUCCUUCUUACCUGCAUAAAGGCUGGGGCCGGGUGGGUGGAUGUAGGAACCACAUGGAGGGAGAGUCGACAUGAUCUCCAGAGAGGCCAUAGCUAGGCCACAACUCUUUCUGUCCCCCUCAGGAACUUCAAUUCACCUCCAUCUACCUCUCAACCAGCUCAACCAGUACCAGAAGCACUGGCAAAGGACUCUAAAAAGGCGGGAGGUGCAGAUUUCAGUGAGGAGAGGAGCACAGAGAAGGAGAUCAAUAGGAGCUAGGAUGCCCAGUGCUGGGGGGGGAGGAGUGCAGUUCAGUCCACUACAGCUAGAGCUGAAGUGAAACUUUCCAUUCAAAAUGGGCUCGCUGUUGACAUUUCCCUAUCUUAUAUUGUGGCUUUGUUUCUCAAUGGUGUUUGAGUUUCCAGAUCAUCGUUUGGGCUUAAGUGGAAUAGAACUAUCACCAGCGUUUGAGCUAUGACGCACAUUUUGAUACACUGCAUACCAAAACCUCAGGUGUCAACAAAAGCAAAGGGUGGGUGGGUGGCAGGGAAUCCCUUGAAAUAUAUAGAUUUCCUUGUGGCCUUUGAGAUUCAGGUCUGUCUGGGCUAAAACUUCCAAUGAUUAAAAAAAAUCAACAUUGAUUUCAGCUCUAAUUUUAGCAGGAAUUGCUUGUUCCCACAAAUGUGACUUUGGGUGGCACAUUCACACUGCAGAGAAAACCCAUAGUACCUAGUGUCAACAUCUCAAAGGCUACACCUCUCCAGUGAAGCGUGUUCACACAUUCAGCUGCCAUUGAGGCACCAAGCGAUGUGCGUGCAUGUGUGACCCAACUCAUUCCCCAUCAUGCUAUGAAACAGCAACUGGGACCAGAGGUUUAAAUAUCAGGAUUUUUCUCCUUAGCUGAGAAACUGGGGCAAACAGCCACCCUUUAACUACAUACCUUCCUUGCUCUCUUGAAAUGUUUGUUUGUUUCUUGUUGUUAUAUGACCAGUGCUUUAGGGGGUGCUCAAUGGUACUCAGUACCACUACCUCUUUUUGUUGUGGUUAAAAAGCGUGGCACUUACUGUACUGUAACAACUUCGUAGUACGUACUGGCACCUCUCUGUCUUUCUCUCUCUGUUUGUUAAAAAGUGUGACACACCCUGUAACAACUUCAUGGUGAGCAUCUAUUUUUCUAGGGAAAAAAGCACUGUGUAUCUCCAAUGGUGGAAAAUCACUUAUUUAUUUUUUUUAAAAAACCCACACAAUUUUUAAAGUGGAAACUUUCACGAAUUGAAAUGCAUGGGAUGCUACUUACUGAUCAUUCCUUGGGAACUUCUAUUGUGAAAAUAGUUUUGAGAACUAAUGAAUAAGCUGUGACUUGAAAGACAAAUGUGUGUGGAAAUUAAAUUAAGUGGAUUGUGUGCUGCAGUGUGUGUGGUUGCACUGACAUGAAUAGAGGCAAGCAAUGCCAAUUAUUCCUUACUUUAGAACUGCCUUGCUUUUCCUAAUGUGGUCUCUCAAUCUCCUGCCUGUCUAGCUCUAAGGGAGGGGGCACUCGGGUCGCAGCAUUCUGAGAGAGGUGGUCCAGGUGAGUGCCAGCGCUAUUGCCACUUUGCCAGAGCAGCUAGGAAUUUUAUUGCAAAAGAGAAAAGCAGCUAAAGAUUUAAAUGAACUUCAGUAAUUCUAGACUUAACUGAUUUAAAAAAUCUGUUUUACAAUUUUCUAGCUGUCAUGGCAAGGCGCCAAUGAUGGCACUCCCCCCCAACUCACCAAGAAUGCCUCCCUUUGACCAAUUAUGGAGUUGGAAGGGACCACAAGGGUCAUCUAUAAUAAUAAUAAU